AUGAAUGAAACAAUAGACGAUAAUAAAAUCGAAUCUCAACCACUAAUAAUACAUGUUGUUGAAGGUUCUAUUACAUCUCGUAUGAAAGAAAUAACAAAACGACCAAAAUGUGAACGUAGUUCAACAUUCGGUCAAUUCUUUAAUACACGACGUUGUCUUGUAAAUCCUGAAGCACAACAACGUAUAUUUGGUCCAAUACGUCGUUUUUAUUAUCGUUCAUUUCAAGAAAAAUCUAAUGUUGAUUCACUUGAAUUAUGUUCUAUUCUUGCUUAUUCAUGUUUAAAAUCAAAAGUUCGAUGUUUUGAUAAAAAACCAACAAUAUUUGUUUUACAUCAACUUAUUCGUAAUGGUAAUGCAUUUUUACGUGUAAAAGGAUAA